GCUCGAAGCUCUUGGAAAUGCAAGGAUGGAUCACUCGUAUGACUACAUUAUAUCUCAUAUCAAUUCUACUAACUCUCCAUGGAUAAAAAGGUCAGGAAUUCAUGCGCUUAGGAAAUAUGAACAUGAAUAUGCUGCAAAUGCUAUGUUAAAUGCUGCAUUAUUUGAUGUUGACCAGAACGUUAGGUAUGAAGCCUUAUUACAAUAUCGAGCUCAUCCAAAGUCAAAAGUGAUUGAACCAUUGGAUACAAGGUAUUGUAAAAAUAAUAGUGAAUCAGUUGAUCCUUAUUCCUCUGAUAUCAAAGUGGUGGGUUUACAUCACCGAAAGAAAAGAGGAUUCUUUGAAGAUUUUAUGAAAGGAUUUAGCUUUAGAAUUGAACCACCUGGUGUAGAUUUUCGAAAGAUGUUGGGUAGUAAGGACGUUGGAGCAUCGUUUGGAGUCAUUAUUAAGAACAACAUGUAUUUAAAAGUUGCUCCCCUUGGUAGCGCAUUCAAAGUUGAUAUUCACAACGAAGCAUAUGCAAGAGUACAUCUUGGUAUCAUAGACGAAAAUUUGGAUUUUUUCAGAGCAAAAUUAUGUUUUAAAGGAGAUACUUCUUACAAUUUGGACUUAUUUCAGGUAACUGUUUAACUCUAAAUGAUGAACAUUUUUUCAUGAGAUUAGAAAGUCUGUGGUGAUGUCAGAUUGUGGUGCUAGCGGAACAAUAAACAACUGUCGAACAAGUUGGAGAUUUUGCUCAUUAAUCAUUUUCUUUGGAUGAUGUUUGAACCAAUUCAAGAAUAUGACAGUUUGUU